AUGUUCACACACCAGACACCCGAACCCCGUUAUUUGCUCGACCCCCAAGGAGUCUCUCCACACCUCCGCGGUCAGACGAUCCCCCGACAGCAGCCACUGCAGACACAGGAGCCGGCUCCACACACCCCCUCCCCAAACAGCAGCGCUCAGCCUCUUCGCCAGCAACCGAGGAGUAGGGGAGGGGGCACAGAGACAGUCAGCAGGAACGCAGAGGCUAUGGCGAGGCUGCUCAGAGUGUCUAUGCCCCCUCUAUUUGCCGCUUCCGAACUCAGGUACCGUCUCCGACUCAGCCCCCUGCGCCCGCUCAGUGUCACUGCCUCUCGCUCUGGGAAAAUGGCGGCUGACGGCGGCGGCGGCGGCGGCGGCGGCGGCCGCGGCGGCGGCAAGUGCACGGGGCCCGCCCGCCCCGCUCCGCAGGGGCAGAGGGGGAGGGGACGAAGCUGCCCGCCGCCAUUUUACUUUUGGGCUGCCGCCCGUCGUUGCCUCUCCACGGAGGCUCGAAGACAGCCAACUGGAGGCAGAGCGGUCGACAGAAAUCUCCGUCUAUUUCACAACAGAUGCAUUCAACAAUUCACCGAAGGAUGUGAGCCCCUGCUGAUUGCCACGCAUUGUCCCAGCGCACAAGGACUCCGCAGAGUUGCUGUUUGUUGUUUGCUAGGGGAGCCUCCACUGUCUGAAAGCAGCUCGAGAAACUGAACAUGGGGAUUUCUGUUGCUGCCCGUGCCUAAUGAGCAUUUGAUUAGCUUUGUCCAAAAUGAACAGAAAUUCAAAAUGACCCAUUCCAAGCCUGUAGAGUCAACCUAGACUGACUCCCCCUAUAAGAAGCUUUCCAAAUGAAGAUUCUGGCUUGGCAGGCAGGAAAGGCUUUAGUAUUUUAGUUGAACCCACUGUAGUUUUUCCAGGGAUAAAACCAGCCAUGAGUAUAGCUCAGAAGGCUGGUGUUCUAGCACCUCUUCUCUAGGUGGAGACACCAUGAGCAUUUCUCAGGUGGCUCUCUCACCAGCGAUGCUGAGCCACUGCACUGAGGCUCAGCUCCUACUCAGGAAGCUCCCGUCCCUGGUCUGCCGUCUGCUAAUCUCCUGUUGGUGAGAUCAAAGCGGUACUUCUGUUCUGCUUCAAGUGUCACUACUAAAGAGAGUGCUAUGGGCCUAUGUCAGUCAGGGUAUUCCAGAGAAAUGGAACUAAGAGGAUCUGUAUAUAUAGUGAAGGAGUUUUAUUUUAAAGAAUUGGUGCAUGCCAUUGUGGAGGCCUGGAAGUCCAAAAUCAGACGGCAGAGGCCAGCAGCAGGCCGGAGACUCAGGAAACAAUUGUGGUUUGUAUCCACAGGUUCUGCUAACAAGCCAGGAAGAGUUGAUGCUACAGAGGCAGGGGUAAGGUAGUCUGCUGGCAGAAUGUGCUUUUGCUAUGCGAAGGUCAGCCUUUUGUGCUAUUUAAGCUUUCGACUGAUUAGAUGAGGUCCACCCACAUCAUGGAAGAUAAUCUGCUUUAUCUAAAGUCCACUGAUUUAACGUAAAUCUCAUCCAAAAACAUGCUCGCAGAAAUAUCCGGAAUAAUAUUGGACCAAUUAUCUGGGCACUGUGUCCCAGCCAAGUUGACACAUAAAAUUAACCAUCACAGACCCUUUUUACUAAGUGACAGGAUGGAACUGUCUCCUACUCUUUGUUCCUGCUGCACCCUUUCUCUGGUGCAGUCACUUCAUCAUAGGUACCCCCCUACCCAGCUUCCUGUGUCCCCGACCUGGUAUGAUUUUCCUUAGAGGUCAGUGACGGGGGGUUUGAGGUAGAAGAAGGGGUGCUGGACUAGAAGAUAGAGGAACACUGAACUCAAAAUCUACUCUUCUCACGAAUUCCCAGCCUAUAUGUCCAGACCAAGAAAGAGAACUCUCGUUGCUCUCAGGUUUCCUUCCACAGCAGCCUUCACACCCAGGUCAGAGGAAGAUCAUUUCCCACCCUUCACCAACAUCUUGGCUCUGGAGCUCAAGUUUAGCCAACCACUGUCUCUCUAAGGAGACACAUCUCCAGUUGGUCAGCCCCAGUAGCCCGUGGUGUGAGUACAAAACUUCCUGAUUCCAUGUAUGUGGUUUUGUUGAACUAUGGGGACAUUAGUCAUGUUUACUGUUGAUGGAAAACAAAGAAAAGCUGUAACCAAGGCCUCACUGUGGUUCUUAACUGUUGCUCACUAACUGUAAUAAGAUUAUAAAAAGGCCCCAAAUAGAAAGUGUAUAUAUGGUCAGAGUAAACAGGAUCAGAGACCAGACUACUCCUACAGGGACGGAUGGUGACUUGUCUCCUUCACUGGAAUAAGUUUGUGUACACACCCUCCCUGAUGCUGCCUGUGUAUUUCCUGUUUUAUUGAGAUACAAUUCAAUUUCAUACCAUUCACCCAUUUAAAAUGUAUGACUCAAUGGUUUUUAGUAUAAUCAGAGUUGUGCAACCAUCACCACAAAGAAUUUUGGAACAUUUCAUCAUCCCCUAAACAAACCCCAUACCCAUAAACAGCCACUCUGAUUGCUUCUCUCCCUGCAAAAUUCCCAGAUCCUAGGCAGCCACUAAUCUACUUUUUGUACCUUAUGGAUUUACCUAUUCUGGACAUUUCAUUAAAUGGAAUCAUACA